AUUCUGAGUCACGUGUCGUGAACGCGUGAUUCUGUUCCCUGACGGCAGCCACAGUCCGGUGUGAAGGAUGAACUCAGACAAUGGGACCAGGAGGAAAGUCUGCAAGCUGCAGCAUGUCAACAACACGGUGUCGUUUGACCCUGAAACACUGACUGAGAUUCAAGGUAUGUUUAGUAAAAUUAGAACAUAUGUGAAACCUUCGGCUGGGGAGUGGUGCGUCCCAGACCCAAACGCCACUCUAAGACACUCUGCAGAGGAGCACCACGGGCUGCAGGUCCUGAAGGCGUCUCUGAACGAGGUCAAGAACCAGCUCAGUGACAAAAAUGUCCAGGUUUGGCAUCAGCACACCAACUCCACCAAUCGAGCCGGGAAGGCGAUCGCCGCCGUACGUUCUGCUGCCAACGCGGAGAUAUGCACUCAGGCCUGGUGCAAGUUCUAUGAGAUCCUGGGAACCUUUAAUCUUCUUCCAGAGGAGGCCCUUCAAAAUGGAGAGCUGAACACAGUCCACCUGUGUGAAGCUCCAGGGGCUUUUAUAACCGCUCUGAACCACUACAUCAAAACCAGCGAGACCACGCGCUACUGUGACUGGAGCUGGGCCGCCAACACUCUCAACCCGUACCACGAGGCUAACGGCGGCAGCACGACGAUUUUCGACGAUCGGUUAGUUGCUAACACACUUCCCUGGUGGUUCUUCGGAUCAGAUAACACGGGCAACAUCAUGAUCCAGAAACAUUUGCUGGAGCUGCAGGCGUUUGUGGCUAACAUGCGCAGAGUUGAUGUGGUGACGGCAGAUGGUAGUUUUGACUGCCAGGAGAAGCCAGAUGAGCAGGAGGCGCUGGUGGCGUCACUGCAUUACUGCGAAGUCACAGCUGCGCUGCUGCUCCUGAGCCCCGGCGGCUCCUUUGUGUUGAAGAUGUUCACUCUGUAUGAACACUCUUCCAUCUGCCUACUCUACCUGCUGACCUGCUGUUUCCACUCUGUCAACGUCUUCAAACCGGCCACCAGCAAGUCAGGCAACUCUGAGGUUUACGUUGUGUGUCUGAAUUAUGACGGCAAGGAAACUGUGAGGCCUCUGCUCUCCAAACUGAUUCGCAACUACGGACCGCAUCUGGCUGACCGAGAGGCACUUUUCCCAAACUCGCUUGUCCCAGAGUCGUUUCUGAAACAGCAUGAAGAAGUGUGCUCGUACUUCCACACGCUGCAGGUGGAGACGAUCACAGAAAACCUGCGACUGUCUGACGAAAUGAGCACUCAGCAGAGGCAGCAUCUCGACUACAUCAGGGACUGCACAGCUCAGCAAUACCUUCAGCGCUUCCAGGUGAGCUUCCUUCCUCGAAGUCGAUGGAUCUCUCGAAACACAGUGAGUCCCGCCUGCUGCAGCGUCUCAUCGGGUCGACCUCAGGGACAGAAGAAGCAAACAGGCUCCUUCAAUGAGCGGAGGGAAUUGCAGACCAUGAGCUGGAGGGAGCGCAUCAAGAGGGGUUGCCAUGCCACCUGGGUACAGACACACUUCACCGGGGCCUUGGGGACAGGCUGCGUUCUGAAAGGACCCCUGUCCGGGUGUCAUGUGGAUUCAUGGUACGUUAUCGUCGGAGCUGCACUGCCUGCUGUCAGAAACUCUGCAUUCUGCGAUGGAGGCUUGUUAAACCAUUUGAAUGAAGCGCUGCUGGACACAGCAGUAGACUGGACUCACGCUCCUCCCUGUGACUCUUGCCAUGUGGUUAGCACGGCCUCCAUCUUGUCCGAUGUUGCAGGUCUUUGUAUCUUCACAGCUGACAGUGAUGGGAACAGAAAGCACAGGCAGUGUUUGGUGUUUGGGGGCUGCUCAGUCUGGGAUGCCUGUGAAAGCCAACUGGGGGAUUUAGUCUUCACAUUUUCUCCAGAGCCUUCAGCUCCUCCAAGAGGCUGCAUCACGCUGCACGACGGGGAUCCGCUGUACCAGCAGCAACUCUUAGGUUGUGUUGCGUUCGCCGUACAGACACUGAACUCUGGGGAUGCCCUGCUACUGCCUGUGUUUUCUGCCUUCACCCGUGUCACCGCAGCUGUUGUGCUCUGCCUGCAUGCGUGUUUUCGCUCAAUCACGUUCAGGUGUCCGCCCCCCUCUGGCAUAGUUGGGACAGUGCUUGUGUGUGUUGGUUUCUGCCCUGAAGCUGCUGCACGACUACGCCCGGUUCUCACUGAUGUCCAUAACUGCAUGGGUCAGCUGUUAAGAGGAGAGGAGGACUCAGGUAAAAAUCUGCCGUCUGGGCACCACAGUCAGAUACUGCAGUUUGUCCCUAUGGAGGAGCUGCUCACAGGAGGACUAACUGAGUUCCUGCGGACCAUGAACUCUGAAAUCAUUCAGCAGAAGCUGCAUUUGCUCAUGCAAUCCUAGUGCAGUUGAGUGAGCUAAAUUUCUGCAGGAGCCACAUGCAUGUAGGCAGACUUCGCCUCUAGAGCAUGGAUAUUCAAAUUAUGCUUGUAUUUUAUAUCCGUAAAAGCCAUUUCACACAGUCAACAGAUGUCCACCACUUUUUGUGGUGUUUUCUUAUGUGGGGAAUUUACCAUUUAAGGUCAUUGCUCGUCUCCCAAUGUGCAAAUGUCCCACCAGAACAAGGUCCUAUUUUGUAAGAGCACCGUUGCUGCAUCCUGGACUACAUGCUGUCCAAGACCAUUGUGAUUGGUAAACAACAAACAAGCCAGAGCGUUUUUUCCCCCUAAAGCAGGAUGAUAAUGGGUGCAGCCAGACCGUCCUCCCGCGCUGACACAGUGCUGUGGAGAUGUGGAGCGAGACUAAGUGAGCUCUUACUCUGGGCUACAAGCUAUCGCCGUCACGGUCCGUUUUGUUCUCGGUGACUGUUUUUUUCCAGCAGUUAGUCACUGAAUCAUUUUGUAUCCUGAUAUCAAGAGUGCUGCACUCAUUUAGCAUUGCACUGCUAUAACAUUGUCAUGAUCAAAAUUGAUGCUGCACAACCAGAGAGCAUCUCUUUUUACUCCAUUCAUUCUUAUUCCACGUCACGUCAAAUGACAGCACAAAAGGUUACUACUGCGUCUACUUUCAGAUUGGCAUUUUACCAAAAUGUACAACAAUAGAAAACCAUAGGAAAUGUGGUAAAAACAUAAUUAGAGACUAUCAGAUUGGACUGAUACCUAUAUGUUGUUGAUGCAUUUUAGCUAAUUUAUAGUUAUUCCAGAUUCAUCGGUAUCAGCUUGUAUGUCGGCUGAUAAGUAACAAGAAAUUGCUCAGUCAUCCGGACACGUCUGUCAAAUGUAGUCAAGUUUGGAGGUCUUCCAUACAUUUUUUUUUUUGGUGCACUUUUGUGCAAAAAAUACGAUUUUAAUUGUGAGGAUUGUAAGGAAGUGAAGAUUAGAGCCUGGGUGAUAUUGAAAAUGUAAUGCCAAUAUUGACAAGAUUUACUCUUGAGAAUUGUGAAAUAAGAUGACUGAGUUAAUAUCAAAUUAAUUUAUUAUGAAUGAAUUACUAAAUAACAUUUAAAUAACUUGAGUUUUAAUACUUUUUUCAAUUAUUUCAUAAAUUGUUGGUUCAUUUAUAUAUUUCACGCAAUUUGUUAAAGAUACAUUUUUUGCAUAUGCCUUUUUUACUUUUUGUUUUAAUAACUAUUAAAGGUUUAAAUUUUUUACCAAAAAUGCUUCUGAAAAAUAAAAAUGUCAGUGCUCUGUG